AUGGCGGCGCCCCCGGGGCGGCGGGGAGCGGCUGCGGGCGCUGGCGCUGGGCCGGGGGGCGCUGGGGCUCGAGACCCUCCUGGACCUGCUGCUGGGGCUGGCGGGGGGGCUGCGGCACCGCCUCAACAACCGGGACCCCCCCCGGGCCCACCGGGGACACCGCCCGCGGCGGCGGCGACAGAGACGGCGACGGCGACGGCGACGGCGACAGCGACAGCGACAGACACGUCCGGGACUUUCUGAGCUGGGCCGAGCCGGUGGCCGCGCGGGUCCAGGAGCUGCAGCUGCAGCGCGGCGACUUCGAGAUCCUCAAGGUGAUCGGGAGAGGCGCCUUCAGCGAGGUGGCCGUGGUGAGGAUGAAGGAGAGCGGGCAGAUCUACGCCAUGAAGAUCAUGAACAAGUGGGACAUGCUGCGGCGCGGAGAGGUGUCGUGCUUCCGCGAGGAGCGGGACGUGCUGGCCCGCGGGGACCGGCGCUGGAUCACGCGGCUGCACUUCGCCUUCCAGGACCCGCAGUGCCUGUACCUGGUCAUGGAGUACUACAUCGGGGGUGACCUCCUGACGCUGCUCAGCAAGUUCGGGGACCGGCUGCCGCUGGCCAUGGCCCGCUUCUACCUGGCCGAGCUCGUGAUGGCCAUCGACUCGGUGCACCGCCUGGGCUACGUGCACCGGGACAUCAAACCCGACAACAUCCUGCUGGACCGCUGGGGACACAUCCGGCUUGGGGACUUCGGGUCCUGCCUGCGCCUGGGGCCUGAUGGCACCGUGCGCUCGGCGGUGGCCGUGGGCACCCCCGAUUACCUGUCCCCCGAGAUGCUGCUGGCCGUCGAGGACCCCUCGCGCUCCUACGGCCCCGAGUGCGACUGGUGGGCGCUGGGGGUCCUGGCCUACGAGAUGUUCUACGGGAGACCCCCGUUCUUCGCCGACACCGUCCUCGAGACCUACGCCAAGAUCCUGCACUUCCAGGACCACCUCCAGCUGCCGGAGGCCGCCGCCGGUGGCGAUGAGGAUGAGGAGGGCGCCGAAGGCUCGCGGGCGGUGCCGGCGGCGGCGCGCGCGCUCGUGCGGGGCCUGCUGUGCGCGCCGGGCGCGCGCCUGGGCCGCGGGGGCGCGCGCGACUUCCGCGCGCUGCCGCUGUUCGCGGGGCUGCGCUGGCGCGCGCUCCGCCGCUGCCCCGCCCCCUUCGCCCCCAGCGCCGCCGGCGCCGCCGACACCUCCAACUUCGACGUGCUGGACGAUUGCCUGAGCCAGCCGGAGCUGCUGGGGGAGCCGGGGGACCCCCCCGAGCUGGGGCUGCACCUCCCGUUCGUGGGGUACUCGUACGCCCGCGCCGAGCGCGAGGAUGAGGAAGAAGAGGAGGAAGAGGAAGAGGAGGAUGAGGAGUGGGACCAGGACACGGCCAUGGAGCUGGAGGGGGAGUGGGGGACCCCCCCCGAGUCGGGGACCCCCCCGGGCACCGGGACCCCCUUGGCCAUAGGGACCCCCCCGCGCAGGGGGACGCCCCCACCCCCGGGGGUGCUCCCACCCACCGGAACCCCCCCACCCACGGGGGUCCCCCCAUCCCAGGGCACCCCCCGGGAGCCCCCCCUCAAAAACAGCCCCCCCCGCCUACGGGGACCCCGACACCGAUGGAGGGGCCCCCCCCAAAAAGGACCCCCCCCACCCACGGGGACCUCUGAACUCACGGGACCUCCCCCCCAAAAGGGACCCCCCCAAAAAGGGCCCUCCCCACCCUCGGGGCCCCCCCCGCCCACGGGAACACCCCCCCAAAAAGUGCCCCCCCCCACCCCCAAGGGGGGACCCCCCCCAAGAAUCCCAUCCCCCACCCAAAGCCCCUCCCCCCCCAACCCGCGGGGCCCCCCCCGGCAGCGCCCCCCCAAAAAAGGGGUCCCUGCACCCCAAGGGUCUCCCCCCCCCACGGCCGCCCCCCCCCAAAAAGCGGGGUGUCUCGGAACUCGGGGAGGGGUCGGUUGCGGCGGCGGGUCCCGGGUGGUCCCGGCGGUCCCGGGCGCUGUCCCGGAGCCGGUGCCGGUGCCGGUUCCGGUGUCGGUGCCGGAGCUCCGGGAGGCGCUGGCGAAGGAGCGGCGCGGGCGGGAGGAGCUGGAGCGGGAGCUCGGGAAGCUGCGGGCGGCGGGGCGCCUGCAGGAGGCCGAGAGCCGCAACCUGGAACUGGAAGCGAAACUGCGGCGGCUGCAGAGUGACCCCCCCGGGCCCGGCCCCCCCCCCGCCGGCAAGGGAGGCGCGGGGCAGCCCCCCCCCAUCGCGGCCCCCCCCGCAGAGGUAAGCGCAGGUUCGGGGGGGGUGAUUUUGGGGUGA